AUGGUGUCUUUUACCAACGUCCUUCUGGCCGCCUCUGCCGUGAUGGGUGCUAUGUCAAUGCCUGGUGAUUACAACAAGCGUCAAACUAUCACCACCAGUCAAACUGGAACCAACAAUGGGUAUUACUAUUCUUUCUGGACCAACGGCGGUGGCACUGUGGAUUACACCAAUGGUGCUGCUGGUCAAUACAGUGUCACCUGGCAGAAUUGUGGGGACUUUACUUCCGGUAAAGGAUGGAGCACGGGUAGCGCCCGCUCUAUCAACUUCUCGGGCUCAUUCAAUCCCUCUGGAAAUGCCUAUCUCUCGAUCUAUGGCUGGACCACCAGUCCUCUAGUCGAAUACUACAUCCUAGAGGACUAUGGAACCUACAACCCUGGUAGUAGCAUGACCUACAAGGGUACUGUGACUAGUGAUGGGUCUGUCUAUGAUAUCUACGAGCACCAGCAAGUAAAUCAACCAUCCAUUUCGGGUACUGCUACCUUCAAUCAAUACUGGUCUAUCCGCCGAAGCAAGAGAUCUAGUGGUACUGUGACAACUUCAAACCACUUCAAUGCCUGGGCUGCCCUAGGAAUGAAUCUAGGCUCUCAUAACUACCAGAUUGUUUCGACAGAGGGGUAUGAGAGCAGUGGAUCUUCCACCAUCACUGUUUCCUAG